UCAAGUAAGUAAAUGUUGGUUUUUCUUCAGUUUUCACUUUCUCAGUUGAAUGGCAUCCUAAGACUUCAACAAAACAGUCUUUGGAUCCUCUCUCUCUCUCUCUAAAAGGAGACCCUUUCUUUUUUGUUUCACUUUCUCUCUCUAAAAACUUCUCUGUUUCUCUGAGAACUUUCCCUUUCCUUGGGGUCUUUCUGAUUCUCUGCAAAACCUUUUUCUGUUACUAAACUGAGCUAUCUUUAGAACCCAAAUGUCAAAAUUUUUUCUUUUUUGAAGAUUUUUGUGAAAAAUUGUAAGCUUUUAAUUUGAUAACAAAGUCAUUUCACCUUCAAAGAUCUGUCUUUUGAGGGGGUAACAAUGAAGUCUUCAACUCGGCUUGACUCAGUUGUGUUCCAACUCACACCAACUCGAACCAGGUGUGAUUUGGUGAUAUCUGCAAAUGGAAAGACAGAGAAAAUAGCUUCAGGUUUGCUUAACCCAUUUCUUGCCCACUUGAAGACUGCACAAGAGCAGGUGGCCAAGGGGGGUUAUUCAAUUAUCCUUCAACCAGAACCUAGCAUUGAUGCAUCUUGGUUCACAAAAGGAACAGUGGAAAGGUUUGUUCGAUUUGUGAGUACUCCAGAGAUCUUGGAAAGGGUGUAUACCGUUGAGUCUGAGAUUUUGCAAAUUGAAGAGGCUAUUGCAAUUCAAAGUAACAACAAUAUAGGAUUGAGUGCUGUAGAAGAUCAUCAAGUAAAACCUUUGGAAAGCAUAGAAGGCAGCAGGGUUACACCAGAUUCCAAUGAGGAGAAAGCCAUUGUCCUCUACACGCCUGGUGCACAGCCACCUGAAGCGAAUGGGUCUGCUGUGCAGGAAGGAAAUUCUAAAGUUCAACUUUUGAAAGUUCUGGAGACAAGGAAGACAGUGCUGCAGAAAGAGCAAGGUAUGGCCUUUGCACGUGCUGUAGCUGCUGGUUUUGAUGUUGAUCACAUGGCUCCUUUGAUGUCAUUUGCUGAAAGUUUUGGAGCCUCUCGUUUGAGAGAUGCUUGUGUAAAAUUUACUGAAUUAUGGAAAAGAAAGCAUGAAACCGGCCAGUGGCUUGAAAUUGAAGCAGCUGAAGCAAUGUCUAGUCGAUCUGAUUUCUCUGCUAUGAAUGCAUCUGGAAUUGUGCUUUCCAAUAUGAUCAAUAAGCAGAAAGAGCUCAAGGAAGCAUGGCCUGAAAUUUCAGAAAAUAGUGGAAAAGCUGGUGUUGAGUCAAGUACUGAUGAGAAGCCUCCAAUGGAUCAACAAACCCCUGGCCGUCAAGAAUAUUACCAAGCCCAGUUUCCUAUGUUUCCUCCCUGGCCUAUCCAUUCUCCACCAGGUGGUAUGCCAACCUUUCAAGGAUAUCCUAUGCAAGGCAUGCCCUACUACCCAAAUUAUCCAGGAAGUCCAUUUUUCCAGCAGCCUUAUCCAUCAAUGGAGGAUCCAAGACUAAAUGCUGGUCAAAGAAUACAGAAACGGCAUUCAAUGGAAAGCAGAGAUAGCCAUACUGGAUCAGAAACUUGGGAAAUGGAGAGAGCAAAUUCUCAAGAUGAAGAGGAGUUGGACAAUGAAACUUCACUAAGUCCAAAAUCAAGAAAGAAGAGCAGUAGGUCAGGUAAAAAGCAGUCAGGAAUGGUGGUCAUUCGGAACAUCAAUUAUAUCACUUCAAAGAGGCAAGACUCUUCAGGUAGUGAUUUGCAGUCACAUUCUGGCUCUGAAAUGGAAGAGGAAGAUGGAGAUUCUGAGCAUAAGAACUCUCUGAGAUCCUCAAAGGGGAAAGGAAGUCGCACAAAGUCUGUUGAUGCAUUGAAUUCAUUUGAUAGGGAAGAAACAGUUCCUGGGAAGGAGACAGACGGGGGACACUGGCAAGCAUUUCAAAAUUAUUUACUUAGAGAUGCUGAAGAAGAAGAACGUAGAAGUGAUCAAGGCAUGUUUUCAGUGGAAAAGGAGGUUCGAGGAAAGAGAAGACCAAAUAGAUUGGGUGAAGACCCUUCACUCUAUGGUGAACGAGAAAUGGGUCAAUUUGAAGAAGGGAAUACAACUGAUUUGGAUAAAAUUAGUGCAAGUGGCUCUCGCGUGCCUUUGGCAUCAAAUGAUCAGUCUUUGAUUUCUAGAAGAGCUGGUCACUCUGCUGAUGGUAGGAUUUUCAUGGAUGGUCAGAUGGAUUUAUAUUCUAAAGAAAUAGAUGGUAGGAGGGUGUAUAGGAGGAACUUAAAGGAUGAUUUUAUAAUAGAUAGGCAGCAGAAUCAGUCAGAUUUUACAAAUUCUCCAUCAGAUGCGUUGGCUUUUAAUGGGUUUGAACGUUCAUCCAACAGUUUGGAAAGAGGAUCAUCAAAUAAUAUAGAUGAUUCCUACAUAGUUCCAUUCAGGUCAACUUCAGUGACUGAAGUUGGAACUGAUGAUCGAAAUGCUAUCAAUAUGGAUUCUGAGUUCUCCUUGUCACUUCAGAAAGCAGAAAAUAUAUCUAGUAAGUUUGGAAGUCGGGUCAAAUACGAACCAGAUGAUUUAAGUUUGAUGCCUGAACGUGGAGCAGAAAUGGGGUCAAUUGGUUAUGAUCCUGCUUUGGAUUAUGAAAUGCAGGUUCAUGCUGAAGAUGGUAAUUCAAUGAAUAAGAAAAAUAAAGAGGGCAUGCAGGGUUCUAAAAAGUCAGACAAGGACCGAAAAUCGAAACUUAUUGCUGAUACUUCAGAUAGAAAGAAGGCAGUAGGGCCUAUAAGGAAAGGAAAGCCUUCAAAACUGAGUCCUUUGGAUGAAGCCAAAGCCCGGGCUGAGAGGCUAAGAACCUAUAAAGCUGAUCUUCAGAAAAUGAAGAAGGAGAAGGAAGAGGCAGAGAUUAGACGACUCGAAGCAUUGAAGAUUGAGAGACAAAAGAGAAUUGCUGCUAGAGGCAGUUCUAUCCCUGCUCAGUCAUCAGUGCCCAUGCAAAGCAGGAAACAACUCCCAUCAAAACUUUCCCCAAGCUCUCGUAAGGGAUCAAAGUUUACUGAUGCUGAGCCUGGAUCAUCAUCGCCACUACAAAGAUCCAUCAGGACUGCUUCUGUGGGAUCAACUGAUUCUCACAAAGCCUCCAAACCCAGCAAAUUGAACACUGGAGCCCACUCCAGUGGAAAUAGAUUAAGCCAGUCAGUUUCAUCACUGCCUGAGCCGAAGAAAGACAUCGGCAGUGUAACUCCUGAUGCAAAAGCAUCUAUGGCAAGGAUUAGAAGAUUAUCAGAGCCAAAAACAAGCAGCAGCCCGCAUGUUUCUUCGGUGAAGUCACGGAACUCUGAACCAUCAUCAAAAACAAAAGUAUCAGGUGGGCCUGAAAGCAAAAAAAUAUCAGCAAUUAUAAACCAUGAUAAAAGCAAGAUUGCGUCUCUUCCAGAACUCAAAACCAGAACAGCUAAAGCACCUGAUGUUACCCACAGCAAAUCAGGAGGAAAUGAAAUAACACAGAAGGUGAAUGGAAGUACUUCUUCUACUGCCAAGGUUACUGAACCAAAUAGGAACAAGGAAAAAGUUUCAGUUUAUAUUGAUGGGGAUGACAGUACAGUAAUUGAGAAAACUGUUGUGAUGCUUGAAUGUGAGAAACCCUCCAUUCCCACAGUAAAUUCCUUAGAAGGAACUACAGCAGUACAGAAGGAACAUGAUGGCAUCUUUAAAAUAGGGAGGAAAACUGAGAUGGUGUCAGAUUAUGCUGCCACCAUUCGUGCACCAGUUUCUCCAGUGAAUGUUGAUGCGCUUGAUAAAGAACACCAGAUACAACAAAGACCACAAGCUUAUGAGGUUCAGAAGGGAAAUGUGAGUAACACUGAGAAGGAAUCAUCAAAAUUUAAGAGCUCAAGUGUUUCUGAAAAACCUUAUCAAGCCCCUUUUGCUCGGGUCUCUUCUUUGGAAGAUCCAUGUACUGAAAUUUCAGAGUAUGGCAGAGCACCUCCAACUAGCAUGCAGGCUGCAGCAAUGGAGUCAGAGAAUGUUAGAGCUCUUGUAGUUGAUUCUAAAAACUUGAAACUAGAAAAGAUUCCUGAAUUUUUGGAUAAGCCUCAGGUAAAGGAGUCAUCCAAAGGAUUUCGACGGCUGUUGAAGUUUGGAAGAAAGAGUCAUAGCUCAGCUACAAGCGAACGUAAUAUUGAAUCAGAUAGUGUCAGUGUUAAUGGUUCUGAGGCUGAUGAGUUAGUUGCAAACACUGCAUCUUCUAGUGAAGUUCAUAUGUUAAAGAAUCUGAUCUCUCAGGAUGAGACCCCAACAGCCGGCAAUACUCCACAAAAGGCUUCUCGCACUUUUUCCUUGUUGUCUCCAUUCAGAAACAAGACCAGUGAAAAGAAGUUGACAGCUUGACGGUGAAGGUGAAGUGGCAAAGCUUGUCUUCUUUUCUGUGGAUUUGGCUGUGAAUUGUUACAUAUAUUUUUUUAAUUUCUUUUUCCUUCUGCUAUGUGAAAAAAUAGGAAUCAUUAAAAAUAUUUUGGUAAAAAAGUUCUUUCUGGAGCCACUUUCAUUGGUUAAUGUUCUUCAGCUGAAUUGGUUUGUAGCAACAUCUCCACAUGAUCAUAUAUACUUUUUUAUCCACCAACCAAACAAAACCACAGACUUAAACAAAGAAUUCACUUUUAUUUUAUCCCCUACAUUUGUAAUAACUAUGGAGACGUCAAGUCAUUGGUUUGAUUUUGUA